AUGUCCACCGAAGCCGAGCGCACGACGUUCGCCGUCAAGGCUGGUUUGGCACAGAUGCUCAAGGGGGGCGUCAUCAUGGACGUCGUUAACGUCGAGCAAGCGCGCAUCGCGGAAGAGGCUGGCGCCGUCGCCGUUAUGGCGCUCGAGCGCGUGCCCGCGGAUAUUCGUAAGGACGGUGGAGUCGCUCGCAUGUCCGAUCCGACGAUGAUUCGGGCCAUCAAGGAGGCGGUGACGAUCCCCGUCAUGGCGAAGGCUCGCAUCGGUCACUUCGUCGAGGCGCAAGUUCUCGAGGCUAUCGGCAUUGAUUACAUCGACGAAUCCGAGGUCUUAACGCCAGCUGAUGAAAUCAACCACUUGAACAAGCACAAGUUCAAGGUCCCGGUGCUCUGCGGCUGCCGCGAUCUUGGUGAAGCGCUUCGCCGCAUCGCAGAGGGCUCGUCAAUGAUCCGCACCAAGGGGGAAGCCGGCACUGGUAACGUCGUCGAGGCGGUGCGACACUGCCGCGCUGUAAUGGGCGACAUUCGUCGACUUUGCGCCAUGGACGAGGACGAGGUUUUCGUCUACGCGAAGGAAAUCCGCGCUCCGCUCGAGCUCGUUCAACAGACCAGGAAACUUGGCCGCUUACCGGUUGUGAACUUCGCCGCUGGUGGCGUCGCGACUCCAGCCGACGCGGCGCUCAUGAUGCAGCUCGGCAUGGAUGGUGUCUUCGUGGGUUCUGGUAUUUUCAAAUCUGGCGAUCCCGCCAAGCGCGCUCGGGCGAUUGUACAAGCGGUGACGCAUUACAACGACCCGAAGAUCAUCGCAGAAGUGUCUCAAGACUUGGGGGACGCCAUGGUUGGUAUCGAUUGCAAGGAACAAAGCUUCGUGUCGUACGCUGCUCGCAGCGAGUAG